AUGGCAUCUACAGAACUCCCAGAGUCCAUUCUCAUCGUUGGGGGCGGUGUCUUUGGCUUAUCAACGGCCCUUGCGCUCACUCGCAGGCACACCGGAAAGAUCACCCUCGUCGAGUCCUCCCCUACGAUACCCAACCCGCAUGGCUCGUCCGUUGAUGCAUCCCGUAUAAUCCGUGCUGACUACGCCAACGGUGCCUACGCCCGCCUCGCCACGGCGGCUAUCAAACAAUGGCAAACCACGCAAUGGGGCUAUGAAGGCCGAUAUACUCGCAAUGGUUUAGUGUUGGUCUCUUCCGGCGAUGCAGAGGGCAGCCAAUACGUCAAGCGAAGUUAUGAGAAUGUCAAGGCGUUGGACAAGAGCGGAAAAAAAGUUGAGUCUUUACCAACGAAAAGGGACGUGGAGAAUGUGAUCCCGGGCUAUGGUAUGGGCGAAACCGUUGCCGGCGGAUAUGUGAAUUGGGGUUCUGGCUGGGGUGACGCCGAAGCAUCGGUGCGAUUCGCAAAGCAGCUCCUCGACCAGACAAACAGAGUCGAUUUCAGAACCGGCACCGUCAAACGCCUCCUCUUAACCCCAGAGCAGCCAGCCGCAAAACGCAAAGUAACCGGCGUUGAACUCGCCGACUCCACCACCAUCACCGCAGACCUCGUCAUCCUCGCGACCGGCGCAUGGACAGGCCGGAUCGUGGAUCUUCGCGGCCGCGCCGAUGCCACCGGCCAGGCCCUGGCCUACAUCAGAAUCACCGACGAGGAACAAUCCCAACUCGCAAACAUGCCUACAAUCCUCAACUUCACCACAGGAAUGUUCAUCAUCCCGCCGCGCAACAACCUGCUCAAAAUCGCCCGCCACGCCUACGGCUAUCGGAACCCCAAACGCUUUCCCAACCCCUCAUCCAACAAGGGAACCAUAGAAGCCAGCCUCCCCGAAAACGGCCUGCCUAUCCCCCCCGAGGGCGAACACGCAUGUCGAACCGCCCUGCGAGAAAUGCUCCCCGCAUUCGCAAACAGGCCCUUUGUGAAAACGCGCAUAUGCUGGUAUUCAGAUACUCCAAGAGGUGACUUCCUAAUCACCCACCAUCCCUCAUUCAACUCUCUCUUCCUCGCCACGGGCGGAAGCGGCCAUGCAUUCAAGUUCCUCCCCGUGAUCGGAGAUAAAGUCGUCGACGCGCUUGAAGGGAAGCUUGAUCCUGAACUAAAGGAGCUCUGGUCGUGGCCGGAGCUUCUUCAUCCCGUUGGUGCGAAUGGUGAAGUUCCUGUUUUUUGGACAGAAGAUGGAAGUCGCUCUGGCCCCAAAGGGAUGAUCUUAGCGGAGGAAUUGGCAAAAGGUCAAGUGACGAGCAAGCUUUGA